UUCCCUCUCCCAUGCAUCAGUGAUAAGUAAAAUAUUAGAAGAACCUGGGUAGGGAGGAACAUGGACCCCUACAUAAUGGCGAGCUCGACCAGGGUCACUGCGGGGGAGGGAUAUAGCUAUGGAUAUAGCUAUGGAUCCAACUUUGAAGAGAAGUAUGUGUAUGAAGAUGAUGACUGGGAUUCUGAAAAGGACUAUAACAUUAAUGGCAGACUGGUAGAAUGCCUGUCCAAGCUAGCCGACUUGUUACAAAGACAAUAUGUCUGUUUGGACCAGCAAAAUAAUGACAUUUCUGCAGAGUCUGAAAUAAAACCAGAGGAAGAAGUUAAAGAUAGAAACCAAAGCAAAGUAGAUGGACCAUCAGAAAUGGAGAAGGGAACUGAAGUCGAGACAUUGAGUACUGCUAAAGAAGAUCAAUGUAUGAUGGAGUUUGUGAAGGAACAAGUUGUAGGUGAAGAAAAUGAUGGGAAUGAACUGAGCGAGGACAUUAUUUUUGUAAAUGAUCAAGAGGUAGGAAAGAGAACUGAUUUUGAAAAAGGGGAGAAACAUAAAGUGUCUAUCGAGAAAGAUUAUGAACAAGAGCUAGGGAAGAGAACUGAUGAUGAUGAUGACAACAGAUUGAGUGAGAGUAGAAUAGGUGAACUGAAGUAUUAUGAGCAACCUGAUGUAGUUGAAAAGGCUUUAACAGAUGAUGUAAAGAAUACGGAUGAAGGACUUGAUGAUGAUGAUGAUGACCCAGAGUAUGUGGAGAAACAUGGUGUAGGAGACAAACUUACUGAAGUAGAGAUGAAACAAAGUGCAGGUGAGGAGGAAGUUAAAGUUGCAGAGAAUGAAGAACAAAGUGCAAGUGAGGAGGUGCUUAAAGUUGUAGAGAAUGAAGACAAACAAGGUUCAGACACAGAAAAUGUUUAUGAGAAUGCAAAAGAAUGGACAGGUGUAAAAUGGGAAUUUCACAGAGACAGCAAAAAGGUGCAGAGAAAGUCAAUGGCAAAGAAACUAAAAUGGACACUUCGUCCACACUGCAAAUUAAGAUAUGAUUUUUUUUAUAAAUAUUAAGUUAAAGGAUGAGACAUUUGUCUGAGCUGUACUGUAGGUUCGGAAAAAUGAGAUUUAUAGAUAUUUUACACUUGGCUCAGUAUUUGAUAGUCUUGUUUCAAUGUUUUAAGUAAAAUUGCACCAAAUGUUUCAUAAAUUAAAUAUUUAAAUGUGCUUACAGCUAAGGUUAAAACUGAAUUAUAUAAAAUAAGUGACAAUGUUUUUUUUUAAUAAUGGUAAAUUACAACAUGUAGGAAGAUUUCCAAGAUAUAUGUGUUAUGAAAUAAAGAAUACAGUCUAAGGAUAUAACUGAAAUUAAAUUGUUAAUGAUAAGAUUUUAAAUGUACAGUCCAUUAGGAAAGCUGUUUAAACAAUCUGCAUGAUAACUGGACAUUUUUCUUUGUCAAAUUAUCCUGAAAAACAUAAACAUUCAAAUUUAAUUUCAUUAAAGUAAUGACAUGUCUUUCUGCAGCAAUGAAAUGGAUAAUGAACUGAAUUUAUUACCAUUGUUAGUUAAAGUAAUGAGAUUUGAUAGAAUAAUAUUUUAAUUUUUUUUGUAAUUGAAUCAUGACAUAGAUAUUUUGCAUAAGUGUUUAGCUGUUAAAAUUGUAUCUUUGAGCAUUCUGUGGAAUCUUUAUUUCAAAAAAUUAUGUAACCAUAAUUUUUUUUGUGGGAAAAGAAGGAAUAUGUUAAGGUCCACUAAAUG